AUGCAUCUCUUGAUUUUGGGAGCCACUGGGAGAACAGGUGUUUAUGGCUACAAGUAUGCGCUCGAACAAGGUUACCACGUAACCGUUCUCACGCGCCCUGGUUCAUUGAUCCCCUCACAGGAGAACCUCACGAUUGUUGAAGGCUCAGCCAUGUCCGAAACCGACAUGGAACGCGCCAUGACAGCUGCGGGCGUCCCGGUUGAUGCUACACUGCAUUUUCUGAACCCCCGUCGAGCCUCCGACAGCCCAUGGGCGAAGUUCCUUGGCCCGCCUCGCCUGAUGGCGGAGGCGGCAGCUCUGGCAGCUCGUGGACUUCGCCGACAACAGCAGCAGCGACCGGGGGCUCCCAAACCUCGCAUGGUCGUGUUGAAUGCCAUCGGGGCCGGCCAAAGCCGUGCAGUGCUGCCGUGGUGCGCACGGGUAUUCUUCGACUACACCAAUAUUUCGUACACUUACAAGGACCACGCGGCUGUCGAUAGCGAGAUAGAAGGAAAUUGCCAAGAUGAUGUGUGGUGGACAAUCGCCUAUGCUGUCGGCCUAAGUGAUGAGGGCGUUAUACCCGUGAAAACGUUUGGUCUCAAGGAAACCGGGUUCAGCUUCCACAUCACGCGUGAAAGUCUCGCUAGAUGGAUGGUAGAUGUGGCGGCGGGGGAGUGUAAAGGUGACUUUGACAACGGAAGGGUGAUCGUUUCGAAUUAG